CGCGACGACGCGCGCAUGCGAAGCGCCGCGCCGCGAUCGACCGAAUCGAUCGCUGGACGCGCGAGCGCCGGACGCGCGAGCGCGAGCGCGAGCGCGCGCGCGCGCGGACGAUCGACGAUUCGAAGCGAACAAUCCAUCGAUUGCGCGCGACCGAUGCGACGCGCGGUGGCGCGCGCGGUGCGAACGACGCGGUGCGACGCGGCGUGGACGAUCGGCGGGACGACGGCGAGUCGGAGUCGAGGGGGAGCGGCGCGCGAGGUGCGGACGGCGGCGAGCGGAUGGCCCGGGGACGGCGCGAACGGGACGGGUGGCGCGGGCGACGCGAAGCCAAAGGGCGCGAGCGUGCAGUGGUUGCGCUCGGGACAAGCGCCGACGCCGGGAUCUGGGGGCGCGCGACCGACGCAAGGGCAAGGGAUGAUGCGAGGGCAGCCGAUGGCGCCGCCGGCGCAGCGGGGACAGCCGGGACCGCCGCCGCCGCCGAGAGGCGCGGCGCCGGCGAACGGCGGACGUCCGCCGGCGAACGGCGGGGCGCAGAGGCCGCAGAGCGCGGGACAGAAGCCGCAGGGUAA